AUGAAUUCAGAUAAAGAGCUUGAAACAAUUCUCCAGGAAGCCAAAGCAAACUACCAAAAACGAAUUUCUUCAGUAAGAAAUUCUUUAAAAUCAGUCUAUGACGAUACUCAUGCUGAUGCGCUUUUUGAUACUUUAAAAGCAAAUGCAUUAACUGAAAGAUCAAUCCCUCCACGCCCAUCUUCAAGGGCUUCUGAAAGGUCACCUCAUUUAUCGUUAACUAAUAGAUCCAGAGAUAUCAGCCCUUUAAUUAGCAAGUCGAAUUCUGAAGAAAUUUUUCAGCUGCAGAGCUUGCUUGAAAAAGAGCGAAGAUCUCGAUAUGAAGAUCAAAAGAAAAUAUACUGUUUUAUAAUAAAUAUGUUGGCAUUAGCGCUAGGGUAGAUUACCCUUAUGUAUUUAUCGUAAAAAGUAUAUAAAGAAUUUCAUUGAAUUUAAACAAGCAAAAUUUUUAUAAGAAAUUAAUAUUAGCAGAUAAUAUAGUUUUUGGCAAUUUAAUUAAAUAUAAUAUAAAACUUUUGAAAGAAGAAAUAGAUGAUAUGAAAAAUUCUAUGAAAACUCUGCAAGGGCAUUUAGGAAAAGUAAGCGAAGAAUACGAAAAUUCAUUAAGAAAUAAGUCAGAUGAAGCUAAAGAAUUCCUAAAGCAAAGCCAAAUCGAAAUCGCGAAGCUAAAAAGCGCUUUAGAGGUCACUGAAAAUGACGGUCUGCAGAAUUUCCAAGAAAUUGAUUAUUUUAGAAAAAAAUCAAUAGAAAACCAAAAAUUAAUUCAGGACUUGCAAGACCAAUUGAAAUUUUCACAGAAAAAUGCGACAGAUUUAGAAGCAAGGUCAGAGAAAUGGAAAAUGAGCUAUCAAGAAUCCGAAAGAGCGAAUUCCGAGCUAAGGGACAAGCUUAGAGACGCAUCAUUCAAUAUCUAUAAUCUUACAGAUGAAAAUAUGAACCUUAAAGACAAAUUGAAAGAAAAAGAUAAAGCCAUCAGUAGCUUAAAGCUUCAAAUGGAAUAUUCAGCCCAAAAUGAAAUAGAAAAUGUCAAAAAAGAAGCCGAAUAUUGGCAGAAUUUAUGCAAUGAUCGCCAAAUCACUAUAGAAGAGCUAAAAAAUCUCCAGGAAGAGCUAGAAAAUAAGCUUAAUGAAGUAGAAAGGAAAAAUGAGCAAGAAAAACAGCAGCUGAUAAAGCAAUUAAAAGAAAUAAAUCUCAGCAACUUAGAAACUGAAGAAAAAAUUAUGAGUGAAAAUUUCGAAAAAAUUAAUGAAUUGAAGGAGCAAUAUGAUAAAGAUAUAGAAAAGCUUAAAAAAGAAUACGAAAAAGAACUGGAAAUAAAAAUGAAUGACGUACAAAGUGAAAUUGAUAUGCUGAGAGAAAGGGAAGAAUAUGCCAAAAGCAUUUAUGAAAAUAAAAUUAAAAAUCUUGAAGAUGAUAUUGAAAAUAAUUUUAUCAGCCGAGGACUGCUGGACCAGAUAAUUGGAGAAAAGCUGUCAGACCAAAGGGAGUUUUAUGAAAAAAGGAUGGACGAUAGAGAAAAAGAGCUGGAAAUUGACCAGGAAAAAAUAAUUGGAAAAAUAAAAGCAUCACAUAAAAACGAACUAGAAAAUAUUUUGAAAAAAAUGGAUGAAAUCGAAAUAGAAAAUGAAGAACUCAAUGAACAAAUUUUAAAGGUAAAAUUCGAGCUGAAAAGCGAAAAAGCAAAAAAUUCCCAGCUUGAAGUAAAAAUGUCACAAACCCAAAAUGAUAUCGAAACUUUACAGGAAACUAAGGUGCACUUUUUUAAACAAAUGGAAGACGUCAAUGUUGAUAUGUUUAAGCUUACAAAAGAGGUGGAAAAUUUAAAGAUCGAGAAAAAAAGAUAUGAAAAUUUAUAUGAAGUCGAAGUUUCUAACUCAUUAUAAAUCCCAAUUAUUUUAUAUUUUUAUUUUUUUAAAUUUUGAAAAAAAAUAAUUCCAAAGGAAUAAGCAAGAAGAAAUAAGCCAAAAAUUGCAGGAACAAUCUGAGGAAUUAUAUAAAAGAAUUGACUCUGAAAGAGCUCAAAGAAGAGCUGCAGAAAAAGAACUCUUAAACGCAGAAGAAAACGCCAAAGCUUUGAAAAUUGAAAUAUUAAAACUCAAUGAAGUCAAAAGUAUUUUAGAAUCUGAAAAUGAAAGCCUCCGGCUAAAAUCAAAUAAGCGAGAAGACGAUUUUAAACGGGAAAAAGCUACCAAUGAUACCAAAAUAAAAGAACUUGCAAUGGCUCUUGAAAUAAAUAAAGGCUCUAUUCUUGAAUAUGAAAAACAAAUUAUCAGCUUAAAUAAUGAAUUAAAAUACUAUAAAAGCUCAGAAAUAAAAAUCAACGAAAAUAUCAAAAUAUAUCAAGCUGAAUUAGAAGCGUCUCUGCUUAAAAUACGAUCCCAAGACGAUGAAAUAAAUUCAUGAAAAUACAAAAAUAAUUUACUCACUGACUCCAUAGAAAAGCUCAAAGGAAAACUCGAAAAUACCCAAGACCGAUUUCGAGACUGCAUAAAAAUUCAGCGCGAUCGCUAUAAAAAUCAACUAAACAUUCUCAGUCAAUGGGUCUAUGACCAACUAUUAAAUUUCAAAAAAUACAUGCAAGCGGCCUUAUCAGAGAUUUCUAAUAUAACAGCACUAGAAACUUCUAAAAGGCUGAAGCUUUUCAGAGAGGAAUUUUCUAAUAAAGAGCUUAAGUUUAAACAAGUCUACCAAGAAAUGAACAACAAUAAGCGGGAAUUUGUUAAUAAAAUAAAAGAUCUGUGUGAAGAAAAUUCAAAAUUAAAAAUCGCUUUAUCAGACCAAGACCGUGACUUGAAAAUGAAGGACGCUAAAAUUAAGCUUUAUGAAGAAAAUUUUGAAGAAAUUGGGAUAACGGCGGAAAAAGAGCAAAAUAACAUGAGGGCGCUAUUGCUGAAAAGGGAAAAUGAGCUAAAAGAAAUUAUUCAGUCUAAGGCUGAGUUAAAAGGAACGAUUGAAAUCCAGCAGAAUAAAAUAGAAAAAUUAAAAAAUGCUUUGAAGGCUCAAGCUAGUCAUAUAAUUGAAUUAGAAAGUUCUAUACAAAAAGAUUAUGAUAAGACAGCUGAAGAAAUUUAUACAUUGAAAGGGAUUUUUAAAGAAGAGUUUGAGCAUAUGAAGCUGAUGCUGACAAUGGAAAAUCAGAAAAAAGAUACAAAUUUGCAGCAGGCUUUAAUCGAUGCUGAAGAAUAUAAAUUAAAUUAAUUAAGAGUCUUACCAUUUUCCAGAUUUGAUACCUCCAGAUGCCUUCGAUCAACGCCAACCUGCUUGCCGGGCGGAAAUUCAGCCGCUAUUUGGAACAGUGAUCUCCUUUAGGAGCAGGGUUUGCACUGUGAUCCCCAAGAGUCUGGACAGGUUAGGAAGACACCCUUCGGCACAUCAUUAGGUGGUUGGAGGUAAAGGUUAGCUCAAUGCCUCCUUCCGGUGAUACCUAGUAAAAAAGAUUCACUGCCCUCCGAAGCCGGCAGGGACCAUCCGAAUAAUUAAUACCUAUACUGGAAUGGCCGCCAGCUGAUUUCCAAGGUUUGCCCAUAUAUAUGGCCGCUCUAGGCAAGCUAAGGGUUAGGAUUAAAGGGUCUAAACCUUAGUUUAGGCCAUAGAGCCAUUUUGGCUCCCAAACUGGUGUGUCAUCGGCAAGGAAAUAUUUCUCCACCAUAUUAAUUAUGAAGAAUGUAAAGGGAGGCUUGCUAAACUUGAGUCAGAGACUUUGGAUCAGGAUUUAUAUUGCAAUGAAUUAAAUUUUAAAGAAAUUUUUUUUUUAGAAAUCAUAAGCUAAAAUAAUUUAUUGUAGAAUUUAUGACUUUUUGGUAUAAAAUCAAAUGAUCAAAUAGAAAGCCUUCAAAACAGGCUAAGCCAAGUAUUAAAUGAGCUUAGAAAUGAAAAGAAGUCAUUAGAGCCAAGUAGGAGUUAA